UCAUCUCCCACUUUCCCCUCUGCCGCUGCAUCGCCGCGUGCGUCCACGAGCUGGCGGCCGCGCGACUCUACCCGCCGACCGCCGCAUCAGUCCCAUGCCGCGGCAGAUCUUGCGGCUAACUCACCUCUCCUCUCCACUCACUCGCCACCUCUCGCCCUCUCACCUCCCCCCGCCGCAUUGCCGCGCGCGUCGCCGAGCCCGCAACCGCGUGACUCCGCCCGCCGACCACUGCACCAGUCUCCGGCGAGCCGUGUGUGACUCGACUGAUGGGGACGCACGCAUCGAGCUUCAUCGCCCAGGCGCGGGUGCUGGAUCCGGUCACGUUCCGUUCGGAUCCGUGGCGGUGCUGGUCUACGGCGAGUUCAAAGGUGGAUCCGAAGCGGGGUGCCUCGAUCUGCAACGCCAGAAGCUCUGGUAGGGCCAGGGCGAAGAAGGCUCCCCGACGGCCAAGAAACGGUCACUGUGGUGCGGCCUGUGGUCUACAUCGCCGGCAAGAAGCACCACCACGAGGUCGGGUCACGGUGGUGCAGCCUGUGGUCUACAUCGCCUACCACUCCACCGUCUUCCGCAACCCCCCCCACUUCCGCGGCAAGGUGGUUCUUGAUGUCGGCACCGGGAGCGGCAACCUCGCUAUCUGGAGCGCUCAGGCCGGCGCCAGGAAGGUGUACGCCGUCGAGGCCACCAACGUGGUGGAGCACACCCGCAAGCUCGUCCGCGCCAACGGGGUCGCCGACAUUGUCGAGGUCAUUCAGGGGACCAUGGAGGACAUUGUGCUGCCGGAGAAAGGCGAGUCUUUUCGUUUCUUGAAUCCCCCUUCCAUUAUUUCGUUCCCGAGUGGAGGGUAA